AUGCGGACGGUAAAUCGCGAAAAGUCCAUUGUUCUGCAGUGCACCUGUGGUGUUGGUCUGCCAAGUUUUGGACUCGAUUUUUUAUCGGCUGGCUUCUUACUCAUUAUUAGAAGCGAUUUUCUCAUCUCCUGCCUGGCUAGUUUUGGACAUGAAGCAUCACUGAGCAAUGAUAUUAAAGUAGCGGAGAACCUGGAGACGUCACAAGUGCUUGAUGAAGCUCAGAAUUCUGAACAGAAGCCAGGUGAGAGCGGAACUACACGGACGGUAAGAGAUGAGGCCAUCCUGCAGUGUAUCAAAAUGACACUUGAAUGUCUGCCAUCGUACACACGACAGAAACCUCAUGUUGAUAUUCUUCGUUAUGUGUUUAUAACCAUUUUCGAUAAGUGUUUCGAUAAGCGUCCAACUGAACGUGGUCAGUCAUAA